GUCGCGUCAGUUUGACAUAGCGUCACAGUAAUCACAAUUCUUUUCGAGCUCUGUCAAAAUACCGAAACAGUGGGGGCAAAACAACAUAUGUAAUGGAGUGAAUUCGUUGCAAGAAAGCUACUCAUAAAUUCAGUGUUUCCAUAUUUUCAUUCCAUUUGGAGGAUCGUCAGAGGAAACUGUCGCAACAAAUUCUUUGUCAAUUUUGCCUACUGUCAUCAACUUCUGUGCCAUGGACGUAUAACUGCUAUGCAACAUUCCCCACUGACAACAACAUUCCCACAGACAAGCCGCUUCUGAGCAGUUAGAGGAAUAUAGUCAUUAAAGAGAGUGAGAGAUGUCAAACAGAAAGCCAAGCACUGCCACAGCAAGGCUCAAGCAGGACUACUUGAGGCUGAAGAAGGAUCCUGUCCCGUACAUCACAGCUGAGCCACUUCCAGCCAACAUUCUGGAAUGGCAUUAUGUGGUUUGCGGGCCAGAGGGAACCCCAUAUGAUGGAGGCUACUACCAUGGGAGGCUCAUAUUCCCAAGGGAAUUUCCAUUCAAGCCCCCAUCCAUCUACAUGAUCACUCCAAGUGGGAGGUUUAAAACCAACACAAGAUUAUGCCUGAGCAUAUCCGAUUAUCAUCCAGACACUUGGAAUCCAGCAUGGAGUGUCUCAACAAUCCUUACUGGUCUGCUUAGCUUUAUGAUUGAGAAGAGCCCCACAUUGGGUAGUAUUGAGACGUCGGACUAUGAAAAGAAGCAGCUGGCUUUUCAGUCGAUCGAUUACAAUCUGAAGAAUAACCUGUUCAAGGACCUCUUCCCAGAUAUCACGAGCAAAAUGCAAGAGGAAUUGGUGCAGCGCAAGGAGGCCCAGCUGACGGCGCAGGCAUCUCAGAGCCAAAGGAAAGUAAGUUCUGAUCAGACGAACAUCCAAAGCUGUUUUUGGAACUUUAUCUUAAUAGUAGGUUUCGCGGCGUUCGCCUAUUCCGUGAAAUACGUUAUGAUCAGCUCGGAUAAGCAAUGAAUCUUUUUAAUUUCGUUAUGAAAAAGAGGGGAAAUGGACGGGUUCGUGGAUCACAGUUACCACUAAAAAAAAGUAUAAUUUUGAGAAACAAAAAUGAAAAACAAAAAGAAACUCGAUUUCAUUGCCUGCUUUGA